AUGAAAGCCAUUCAAGUAACGAAAUACGUCUCCGGGCCGCAGGACCUCUUUGUGACAACGCUUCCUACACCCGCCCCCCAUCCCACGAAAUACCUGAUCAAGAUCCGCGCCAGCGGCACAAACUUCUUCGACCUCCUUCAGAUACAGGGCAAAUACCAGCAUCAACCGCCGUUGCCGUGGAUUGCAGGCAUGGAGUUUGCGGGCGUCGUCAUCGCGACGCCCACCACCGGUGAGGGAUCGAAGAGCGCAGUUGCAAGCAGCCGGGAUGGCACAGUCAGCACGCAGACGAACCAUAAAUUCAAAGUCGGGGACAGAGUGUUCGGGGCCACACACGGGGCAUAUGCAAGUCACAUUCUGGCGUCUGAGGACUCGUUGUUUCCCAUCCCACAUAGGUGGAGCUUUGCCGAUGCCGCUGGUGUGUACGUGACAACUCCUACAGCGUACGGCGCCUUGGUUGUGCGUGCGAAUGUUCAGCCGGGUGAGUGGGUGCUCGUCCAUGCCGGAGCUGGAGGCGUUGGGCUGUCGGCCGUACAAGUUGCAAAAGCUCUAGGAGCGACCGUCGUUGCCACGGCUGGUUCGGAGCGCAAGAGACAGGUCUGCUUGGAUUAUGGGGCGGACUAUGUGGUGGACUACCGAGAUAAAAACUGGCCGCAGAGAGUCAUUGGGCUGUGUGAGCAGCACAGAACAGGCAAUGGAAAGCAAGGAGUGGACGUAGUGUAUGAUCCAGUUGGCAUGAUUGACCCCUCAAUCAAAUGCAUAGCAUGGAACGGCCGACUCCUCGUUAUCGGAUUUGCCGGGGGCACUAUCGAGAAAGUUGCCAUGAAUCGAGUCCUUCUGAAGAACAUCAGUAUCGUGGGUCUCCACUGGGGCGCAUAUGCCCUGAAAGAGCGGGAAACAAUUCCCAAAGUCUGGGAAGGAAUUUUCGAUCUGAUCAACUCGGGCAAAUUGAGGGGCAUCACCUAUACUGACAAGCACUACAAGGGUUUAGAAUCGGUUCCUCAAGCAUUGAUUGCUUUGGGUGCGCGAGAUACAUGGGGGAAGGUCGUGGUGGAGCUGGGAGAAAACGAGGGGGAGGAAGGCAAGAGCAAACUAUGA